AAAAGAGGAGAAGUGGCAGUGAGGUCAGGAGUAGGUGAUGAUGAUCAGGGUAACUUUGGAUCAAAUGAUUCUUUUCUCCCUGGUCUACAUGAUGAUGUUGCAUUGACAUGUCUUGCUUGGGCAUGCAGAUCAGAUUAUUCCUCAUUGUCUUGCCUAAAUGCGAGGUUUAAUAAGCUAAUUAAAAGUGGAGACCUAUAUGAGCUGCGGAGGCAGUUGGGCGUUGUGGAGCAUUGGGUGUAUUUGGUAUGUGAUCCAAGGGGAUGGGAGGCAUUCGAUCCCUUUAAAAACAGAUGGAUGAGGUUGCCUAAAAUUCCCUGUGAUGACUGUUUUAAUUAUGCCGAUAAGGAGUCAUUAGCUGUGGGGAGUGAAUUGCUGGUUUUCGGUCAUGAGUUGUUUGAAUUUGCUAUGAAGUAUAGUUUGGUUCAUCGUGACUGGGUGAAGUGUGAAGGGAUGAACCAUCCUCGGUGUUUAUUUGGAUCUAGUAGUCUUGGUUCGAUCGCUAUUGUUGCAGGGGGGAGCGAUAAGAACGGUAACAUACUGAAAUCUGCAGAGCUUUAUAAUUCUGCCACCGGCAGGUGGGAGAUGUUGCCAAACAUGCACUGUCCGCGACGGCUUUGCUCUGGUUUUUUCAUGGAUGGAAAAUUCUACGUGAUUGGUGUGAGUAGUCCAACUGACUCCUUGACUUGUGGGGAGGAGUUUGAUCUUAAGACUAGGAAGUGGAAGGAAAUAGAAGGCAUGUAUCCAACUGUUAAUAGAGCUGCCCAGGCACCACCUCUUGUUGCAGUUGUUAACAACCAGCUUUAUGCGGUUGAGUAUCUAACCAAUAUGGUAAAGAAAUAUGACAAGGAAAAGAACUCUUAUGUGUUAGGAAGACUCCCAGUCAGGGCUGAUUCUUCAAACGGUUGGGGUCUAGCUUUCAAGGCCUGUGGGAAAGAACUUCUUGGUGGUGGUCAAAGGGGCCCAGAAGGUGAAGCAAUUGUGCUGAAUUCUUGGAGUCCAACAUCGGCCAAGAACGGCACUUUGGAUUGGAAGGUCCUUGGUGUGAAGGAGCAUGCUGGGGUCUUUGUUUACAACUGUGCUGUCAUGGGUUGUUGAGAGAAUUUUCUCCAUUGAUUACUCAAAACCUAUGGAUCUCUGAUAUGUGGCCUUGGUUUAGGUUGUUUCUUCAGACAUUUUUUGAUUGACCAAAAAUUUGUUAUCAUCUGGAUCUCCGUACCUCAUAUCUCGAGAGGGGGACUGGUUUUACAAUUUUGUAAACAUUCCUGUAACUAAAUGUGCCUCCUGGUGCUCAUAAUUCUGUGGCCUUCUAUUUUCAAGGGUUUUAUCUAAGAUCCCGUCUUUCAUCUUUUCCUUA